CUUCAACAUAACGAAAAUUUGUAAGAUUUCUUGUAUAUUACGUCAGCAUUUCAUGAAUAAGACGUUUAGCAUAUCAUAAAAGGUAAUGUAAACAUCUUCAUUAUGAAGAACAGCAUCGUUAACUUGGUCUUUAACUAUUAAACAUUUAAAGAAAUUAGACAAACAAUAAUUCGAGCAAAUCGAAGCUCAACUCUCUUCACAUCCAGGGUAUUUACUAGUCAAACACACUCGCGCAUACAAUCAGGCCAGUCUUAAUUGAUGUGUCUAUGCAAAUUGUAUCUUUUAUAUACCCCUGCAGUCGCUGGGAAUUAAUGAGUUAGAUUAAAUGUUUUGCAUUGGCUUUGAUUUAAAUUAGAACGAGAUCGAGAACCAGAACCAGCACCAGCACCCAGAUGGAACGCAUAAUUCCACAUGCAUAUAAAUAUAAUUCAAUUAUUGGGGAUUUUCUAUUUGUGCUUUCGAAUUCCAGAGAAAAACUGCAAAAGCGUGUCCAGCAGGUGCCAAGCACCGGCAUCGAUCUGACUUUGAGCUGCCCGCGAACAUAAGUCCCAAGAGCCGAUUCCGAUUCCAGUUUCGACCAGUAGCUAUACGACAUGACCGAACGUUUGUACAGCUGGUCCGGUGAUGCUGGCGCCGAGAAUCCAGCCGCUGCCUACUAUGCAGCCCAAUCGCAGCUCUAUCCGCCGGCUAUGCCGGCCACGGCUCUGUGCGCGGACUACAAUAAUAAUGCCGGAGUUGGAGGCUUGCGUUAUUUUAAUGGACUGCCUGGGUAUACCCCGCCGCCGGGCUUGCUGCCGCACAAGUAUACAGGGGGGCCGCCCAUGCCCGGCCAACUGGAGGUGUGUCAGUAUGCGCACGCGAAUGGCAGCGCCAGUUGCUACAAUCGCAAUCGCUAUAUGCCCUACAAUCACAAUCGGGCAUGCGCAGCUGCUGCUGCUAUGGCGGCGGUCACUGGGCACCCCUUGAUGACGAUGGCUCAAUCUCAUCAGCAGCAGCAGCAGCAACAGCAGGGCUUGGGCUUGGGUCCAGGUCCAGCCGCUUAUGGCGGCAGCUAUCCCCCAGCUUUUGCUCCCAUUUACCAGCAGACUACACCUCUGGCCACGCCCACGAGCAGUGGGCCAUCAAUGACGCCCAUCGUGAGCGUUGCAACUAGCAGCGCAGCUGGAGCGGCUGCCACAACAGCAGAUUAUGGCUAUGGCAAUGGCUUGAUCAAUACCAUGGCACCCAGCAUAGUGCCUGUGGCCUGCUCGGGCGCCUCGACCAUGUCCACCAAUAGCUGUGCCAGCAGCUCCAAUGGCGAGUCAAGCGGACCAACUCAUGCCUUCGCCAGUGUGACAGAUCCCAGCGAUGCGGUCACACUACAAAUUACCAAUCUGGAUUACUCGCUGGAUGAGACCAGUUUGCGCAACUUCCUCAUGAAUCAGCUGAAGCCCAUCACGCCAGUCGUCUCGCUUAACUUUGAGGCGAGCAGCUACGCCAAGGUCACCGUGCCGGAUCUCUAUUUCGCCAAGCAGGUGGUGUCCAAUUUGCACCGCAAGAAGAUUGGCCAUAAACGCAUGCUGGUUAGCUACACACGCGACUCUUCGCUGACGGAGGUCAAUACGCUGCGCUGCCAGGUCGCUGGUCUGCUGAAGGACGUUCCGUAUUAUACAUUGCCCAUGUAUAAGUUCCGUGAGCUCUUUCAGUCGCGUUUCAAGACCUCAAUCAGUGUCCUGGAUUUGUACAAGAUGCAGGACAUCUGCACCAUCAAUGCGGGCAGUAACGAGGACAAGUUUAUUAGUCUACAGCCGGAGCUGGUCAAUACGCUGGAGAGCUCGCCCUUGAUGGAGGGACUGCAGCACAGUGUGCCCUAUUGCACGAUUCACUUUAAGCGGGAACAGCACAAGGGCUGGGCUGAGCAGGAGAUCGAGCCGUUGCCCAAUGUGUGCAUGACCAUAGCAGAGAUACAACAGCUGAUCUAUCCGCUGUUGAAGCACCACACGGGUGACAUACCGGUGGCAACGCUGCUGCACUGCAUCGAGGGUCAGCUGAAGGUUCAAAUUGCUGCCAACGAGAAUGGCGUUAAUCUAGAGCAUUUAGUCUGCUGUGUCCAGGGCAUACAGAUACAGGUGAACAAUUUCGGCAUCAAGAUUCUCGGUUGGCUGGAGCUCAACAAGGAGCUAUCGACGGGCAGCAGCAGCAGCAGCAGCAGCAGCAAUGUCAACCUGAAUGGCAGCGAGCGUGGAAAUGGCAAUGGCGGCUCUAGCGGCUAUUUCAAGAACUCUGUGGCCGAUCCACUCUUUCAGAUCUCACGCGAGGUGAUCGAACUGGUGAAAAUGUCACCGAAGUCCACGAUGAAGUUCAAUCGCUUCAUACCGGCCUAUCACAAUCAUUUUGGCAAGCAAUGCCGCGUCGCAGACUAUGGCUAUACCAAGCUAAUCGAGCUCUUCGAGGCGCUGUCCACGGUGGUGCAGAUCAUGGGCGAUGGCGAGAAUCGUCAGAUAACGCUCACCCAUCGCACUCAGAUCAGGCGCUUCACCUCGGAUCUGUUGCGCGUGCUGCGCGCCAACGGCAACAAUUCGGUGCUGUUGUCCCAAUUGCCUGGCAUCUUUGCUCAGACGCAGAAUCGCAACUUUGACGUUACGGAUUAUGGUGUCUGCGACAUUGUGGACAUCUUGGAUGGCCUGGUCAAUAGCAAUAUUGUUGUGAUCAGCACUGUGCAGCAGGGCAAGGAUAUACUCAUCUCGAUGCCCAAACGCAAGCAGACCAACGCUGAGCUGGAGAAGACCAGUGUCUUUGCUGGCGAGAUGGUCGAGCUGUUCCAGAAUGCACUCCAAUAUAGCAUAACGUUCCAGAAAUUCGUGCGCUCCUAUCACUAUCACUUCGCGUAUCAGUGCCGCCUGAGCGACUUCGGAUUCGUGAAGCUAGCCGAUCUCAUGGAUGCCAUACACGGCGUCGUGGAGCUAGAGCUGUCCAGCGACGAGGACAAGAAGAUUGUACUCUCGCCAAAGGUGGCCAGGCGUGUGUUUGCCGAACAAUGCGCAGAUCUCAUACGCAGCGUGACGGGCAACUCAACCAACUCCAUGAAAUUGGAGCAGGUGCUCAAGUUGCAUAAGAAAAAGUUUGGCUAUCAAAUGCUGCCGCAAACCCUGGGCGCCACAGACAUAGCCAGCGCCAUGGAGCUGCUGCCCUAUGUCGAGUUGGUGAAUAAGGAGCAGGCCACCUGGCUGAUCUGUCACAAUGACGAUGCGGAGUUCCGACAGCUGUGCUAUCGUGCCUGCAAGCAGCUGCUCCAACGUGAAGCAAUGCCCAAAGCCGUACCCGCCGAGUCAACAGCAGCCAAGCCAGAGCCACUCACUCAGGCGCAAUUCCUGAGCGAUUUCAAUGCCAAGCACAAGGUACAGUUGACUGAAUCUGCGCUGCAUGCCAUGCGACAUGCCAUCGAGGUUUAUGUCGAGGCGGAUCAGCCCUGUGUGCGUCUCACCGCUUUUAUGCGCUUCCUGGCGUCCAUUGUGCGGCUCCUGGAGCAACGUCCCAGCAUGUACUUGUACGAGCUGAAAGCCAGCUUGGACUGUGGCCUAGGCAGCACCUUUGAAUAUGGCUUUCCCAAUUUGUAUUCGGUGAUUGUGGCCCACGAUGAUCUCUUUACCAUCAAUAUGGGUGCCACGCAGGAGCGCAGCGAUGUGGCCUUGAAUGUGAACUGCGAAUUGCGCCUUGGAUCGGGUGCCACGCAUCAGCAUCUGUUUGGCUCACUGAAGCUGCCCUAUGCCAGGCACAAGGCUCAGCGCAGCGCGCGCACUCCGCUGGGCGAGCACAACCGGCCGCCGCCCGCCCAGGCGCCGCCACCGCACAAGACUCGCGCCAUUGCCAAUGAGUACGCGAACAGCAUUGGCGGUGGCUGCAAUGGCGCCUAUAAGCCGCAGGUGUCCGUUAACAGCUUCCAGGCAUACCAGGAACAAUUGGCAGCCAACUCGAAGUGCUCGCCGCCCAGUGCCAACAGCUCAGUGCUGUCAUCCACGAUGUUGAACAGCUCGCUGUGCAGCAAUUGCAGCAACAAGGAGAACUUGCUCAACAGCUCGCAGCAAUUCUUUCACAACAGCAGCAGUGGCAGCAGCAGCAGCAGCAACAGUUCUUUUAACACAUCCUGUGAGCUAAACAGCAGCCUCUGCGCUGCCGAUGUUACCUCCAGCACGGCUAUAACCCAAGCCGUGCCCUAUGCUCAGACGGGCAAGUUAUGGUAUCGUCGCCAGGCCAGCUUCUAUCAACAACAGCAGCUGCAGCAGCAGCAGCAGCAGCGCCAACGUCAACAGCAGCAUAUGUCAGCAUUGCUGCCGCAUCACCUGGACUCUGGACGAGAUUUGUAUGACUUGAAUGUGGCGCCCUUUAGCUCCUGCUAUGAGCCACCCAAGCCCGAUACGCCGCCGUCGGAGAAACUGCCAUUCUGGAUCGAUCCCAUAUGGAGCAAUCAGUCGCAGCAGCCAAAGCAGAACUUGCUCAACAUACGUCUGCCGGAGCUCAAAGCUCUCAAUGUUAUGCCCAUGCUCUUAUCGCCUUAUACCAUAUCCAAGCAUGUGAAUAUGAAGCGACAGAUGUUUAACUUUGAUAAUCACGAUCGUAAGAUAGCCUAAGCAUAGAUCUUAAGUACAACUAAAGAGUGGAAUAUCCAAACUUCCACUUUUCAUCUAAAUUGGUUCCUGGCGAGCCUUAAAAUUGUUACAAUUUGAUUUCGAUAAGCAAAAUUUUUGUCUCCAUUAAAUGCCUCGGUUAUGCCUUGAUACUACAAGAAUAACGAGGAUAUAUUAUAUAAGAUUGCUUUCUUUUUUUUAUAAAUUUGUUAUACGGAUCACAAUCAACACAUUUUGUAUUUUACUUUUAAGCUAAAGC